AUGGAUCGCUGGAAACGUUGGGUUUUAUUUCCACUUGAUUUUUCUGCAGUAUUAUGUGUAGGUAUUAUUAUUGUACUUACAAUUGAGUCUCCUGUGGACUAUGAUAAAUCAACUUAUUCUUUAUCCGCAGUAGAUUUUGCGUAUGUAACUAUCUUCAUCUUUUUAUUGCUAUUUUUAGAUCGAUGUGAUAUGAAAGUAUUGCUGUACGACGAGUGCUGAAUUUGAAACUGCUGAUGGUUUUGGUGUAUGGAAGCUGUGUGGAAGUUUGAUUCCUAGACCUAAUGUGACAUAAUAUAACCUGCAUAUAAGCAGCAAAAGUGUGGUUAUCCGUUAUCCUGGCUGAUUAUUGACCAAGGUUAAACGGUCACAGGAUUUAUAAUAGCACUUCUUCGUCUUCGACAUUUUCUUCUGCGAACGUUAUGAUCAUCCUGACAAUCCGACCCAUGUAACACCAAUGCGAUGUUAUAAUUUGGGUUGUAUGCCAUCAACGUUAUGUCGUUAUGCAAUGGAUUUGCUCAUCCUUUGAAGUUGUGAUGUUGGUCGCAGGAUUUCUUCUUGAAGACACCAUUACACCAUUUCGUUCCAAGGUUUUCUGAUGCCCUAGUAAGGGGUAUGAUCCAUAUUGUGGAUUGGUUCAAAUUUGCAGAAAUUCGGCUGUCGCGCACACGAUCGAGCUGUUUGCGAUUGAGGACAGCAGUGAAGGACAAACUGUAAUAAGGGUGACCCGUUCGGAUUUUGAGGAUUACAAUUAACUUUAGACGUAUUAACCUUCCUUUUUAAUCCUGGCGCUGGAACGACCCUCCUCUUCGUCGAGCAUGGCUGCCAGUGUAUCCAGAAGCGUCUCCCCGACUCCAACCCCAACCGACACGGGCACGGCAUUGUUGGGGUCGUCCUGGUGUGAAACCUUCAUUAAGGUGGCAAAAUUCUCUUAUGUAUGGACAAUCAACAAUUUUUCAUACUGUCGCGAAGAGAUGGGAGAAGUAUUGAAGAGUUCCACGUUUUCGGCGGGAGCAAAUGACAAACUGAAAUGGUGUCUUAGAGUUAAUCCGAAAGGUCUGGAUGAUGAAAGCAAGGAUUAUUUGUCCUUGUACCUCUUCCUGGUGUCGUGCAACAAAAGUGAAGUGCGAGCCAAAUUUAAAUUCUCUAUCCUUAACGCUAAACGCGAAGAAACGCGGGCCAUGGAAAGUCAGCGUGCUUAUCGAUUCGUUCAAGGCAAAGAUUGGGGAUUCAAAAAGUUUAUUCGUCGAGAUUUCCUACUGGAUGAAGCAAAUGGUUUACUGCCAGAUGAUAAGCUCACUCUCUUCUGCGAGGUCAGCGUCAUUUCGGACUCCACCAAUAUUUCGGGUGUGAGCAACAUUACUUCCUUUAAAAUUCCUGACUGCCGGCUAUCCGAAGAUUUUAGCAGUGCUUUGGAUAAUAAUCUAUUCACGGAUGUUGUUUUGGUUACGCCCAAUCGGGAAUUCAAAGCUCACAAAAGUAUUCUUUCUUGCCGAUCUCAAGUAUUUGGAGCCAUGUUUGGUCAUGAGCUGGAAGAGAGCAAAACAAAUCGAGUGCGCAUUGAUGAUGUCCACGAUGACGUGUUGGAAGAGAUUUUGAGAUUUAUUUACACUGGAAAAACUCCAAAUUUGGAAAAAAUGGCGGAUGAUUUAUUGGCAGCGGCUGAUAAGUACCAGCUGGAUCGCCUAAAGGUUCAGUGCGAAGAAGCCUUAUGGAAUAAUCUUUCAGUUGAAAACGUUACCGAUACGUUGAUCCUUGCCGACAUGCACAGUGCCGAACAGCUGAAAGCCGCGGCGAUUGAAUUUAUCAACGGGCAUAAUGCUGAGGUUUUGGAGACGAAUGAGUGGAAGUCGAUGACCAAGACACAUCCGCAUCUCAUCGACCUGGCCUACCGUAUGCUGGCCCAGCAUCAGAGCUCCAUGGGCCAAUUUGGUCCGGCCCGGAAGCGGAUGAAGUUGUCAUAGGACGAGGGGAGGAUUUAUUACACGGAUUAUUGCAAGCAAUGCUUUUUUGUUCCUGUCAUGUAUCGGUCGGGAAUGAUCUCAACUUCGCAUCCAAAUCUGACGGCAUUGUCGAAAUAUGGAAAGCACCCCGCCCUGCGGAUAACCCGCUCCCACCCAGCCUUGGCAGUUAUUCCUGUUUGCUACAAAAAAGUAGCUGUGGAAGACGCUUCAUUCGUGAAUGACACUUCGGUGGAAACCGUUGAUUUGCGUUUAGUUUUCGGGUUUUAUUUUUGUUUUUUUGAAAAUCGGUGUGAUUUCGGUGAAACGGUGGUGGUAAUGGAAGAAGUGCAUUUUGUGUGUUUCCGCACUGUCAUUUUAACUAAUGUUCGUUUCUAAUUUUUUCACAGUGUUUUGUGUGUGUGUGUAUGUGUUUGGUUUUAUUAGAAUACGGUUGGAUUCCUCCAUUGAAUUGGAUUCUUGUUUCUCGACAUGAACGUUCCUUCAUUAUUUGAUUGCGGAUUUUUGCAUAGCGGGUCACGUGCUCGGUGCCAUUUUGACUGCAGAAGAGACCAUUGUUGCUGUAUGGGCACUCCUGCAGUUUGAUGUUAACUGUUAUGUACAUUGUGGAAAAAUUAAUAUGUAAUAAAACCUCAUUGUG